UCCUCCCCCUCCCCCCUCGGAGCUGUCAUCGGCUCUCUGCUCUUAAACCGUGCUGCUGAAACCGUUUAUCCCUGUUCAGGACUAGCAGCCAUGGCUGAAAUCAAGACAGGAAUAUUCGCGAAAAACGUCCAGAAAAGGCUCAGCAGAGCACAGGAGAAGGUUCUUCAGAAGUUGGGAAAAGCAGACGAGACCAAAGAUGAACAGUUUGAGCAGGUCGUCGUCAACUUCAAGAGACAGGAGUCCGAAGGCUCCAGGCUGCAGAGAGAGAUGAAGGCCUACAUGGCUGCCAUUAAAGGCAUGCAGCAGGCGUCCAUCAACCUAUCAGAGUCUCUCCAUGAGGUGUACGAGCCUGACUGGUAUGGCAAAGACGAUGUCAUGGUCCUUGGUAAGGACAGUGAUGCAUUGUGGGAAGAUUUCCACAAUAAGCUGGUGGAUUCCACACUGCUCAACCUGGACGGCUACCUGACGCAGUUCCCUGACCUCAAGACCAGGGUGGCCAAGAGGAGCAGGAAGCUGAUCGACUACGACAGCGCUCGCCAUCACAUGGAGACGCUACAGGCGUCGGGGAUGAAGAAUGACCGCAAGAUGGUGAAGGCAGAAGAAGAGUUGAAAAAAGCUCAAAAGGUCUUUGAUGAACUAAACGUUGGUCUCCAAGAUGAACUGCCCACACUUUGGGACAGUCGCGUGGGGUUCUACGUGAACACGUUUAAGAACGUGACCAGCCUGGAGGCCAAGUUCCAUCGGGAGAUCUCUCUGCUCUGCAAGCAGCUUUAUGAAGUGAUGACGAAGCUUGGAGAGCAGCAUUCAGACAAGAUGUUCACCAUCCAAGGAGCACCAAGUGACUCGGGACCGCUCCGUCUAGCCAGAACCCCGUCCCCGCCCGACGAUGAUGACGACAGCCCCCCGACCAGCCCGGAGACGGGAACCAACCACAUGCUGAUGCCCCACUCGCCCGGACCUCCGCGACCCAAAUCCCCCAUGCAGCCGAGAAAGGGUCCCCCGGUGCCUCCUCCCCCCAAGGCCACGCCCACCCGGGAGGUGGCCCAGGAGCAGAUCAUCGACCUGUUUGGAGGGGACUUCCUACCAGCACCCACGCCCUCACAGCCCAAUGAGCGACCCGGAGAGUCACUCAUGGAUCUGGACUUUGAUGCCUUCCAGCCGGACGACAGCGUGUCGCCCAUACCUCAGACGGCUGUCCCUUGGGAUAUGUGGUCGGGAAGUGCUCAACCAGCACAACCUGCGGCCGACAGCGGCUUUGGCUUCGUGGCGGACUGGUCAGCUGACUUUGGCGGCGCCGGCGCUAACGGAGACGGCCCUGUGGCCCCGGCGGGAGCAGAGAGCGCUGGGUGGCCCGCGGCCGAGGCCUCCCCGGCGGCCUGGCCCGCGGCCGAGGCCCCCCCGCCCCCAGGGCCCGAUGACGCCCAGGCCUGGCCCGCGGCCAAGGCCCCCCCGCCCCCAGGGCCCGAUGACGCCCAGGCCUGGCACGCCGGGGGCGGUUGGGCGGAGCAGGAGCCGGAGGACACUGCCGCCGCAACCCCUCCACCAGCAGCAGCAGCAGAAGAAGCUCCACCAGCAGCAGCAGCAGAAGAAGCUCCACCAGCAGCAGCAGCAGCAGAAGCUCCACCCCCAGCAGAAGCUCCACCCCCAGCAGAAGCUCCACUGCAGCCCGUGGAGACCGCCGCAAGCCCGACGUCGGCCGCUCCCGUUGAGGGGACCAAUGCUUUUAAUGGAUUUGCUCAGGAGGAAGCUGGAUCCUCGUUCUUUGCAGACUUUGAUAACAUGAAGGACAGCGGGGACGCGGUCAAAAGCCCCCUCACCACCAACACAGCAGCCCCAUCGGUCGAUGAAGCCGCCGAAGCGCCCGCCGCGACGGGGUUGGCGAACGAGGAGGACGAGCUGCUGGUGGAGGCUGCCUCCCCAUUGGAGGCUGAGGCAGAGGGGGCGGAGGCAGCGGGCGACGUGCCGGAAGAUGUCACCGCAGCAACGGCAGAAGAACCGGUGGAUCGAUCCAGCGCCGAGGCCCAGGCGGAGGAGGUUGACGCCAGCCCGACGGAGGCAGUGGUGGUGGAGGAGGUGAAGGGGGAGGUGAAGGAAGAAGUGACAGAGGAGGUGAAGGACGAGGUGAAGGAAGUAGUGACAGCGGAGGUGAAGGAGGAGGUGAAGGAGGUCACCCCCACAAGUCCAAAGGAAGAGGAGAAGCUGGCUUCCCCAGUGUCUGCUCCUGUGGAGGUGGCUGUCCCAGAGCCAGACAUUAUACAGAUCCCCACUGCCGAGGAGGACAAGAUGACUUCAUCCAGCGAAACAGACCCUCUGGAAUCUGCCACGACCCCAGAGGAGCGGAGAGAGAGCCCCAUCGAGGACAGCUCGAAAACGAUGCCUAUCCCUUCCGUGGUGAUUGAACCCGCGUCCAGUAACGAGGGUGAUGACGACCGCGACGUGGACAUCAUUUCCCCCGUCGCCGCCAUCAGUGACAACGGCGUCAUGGCGACAGAAGCCAAGGUGUCCGGAGCCGCCGCUGGUGGCCAUGGGCUCCCCGACGGCUUCCUCUACAAGGUGGAGACGAUGCACGACUUUGAGGCGGCAAACUGUGAUGAGCUGGAACUGAAAAGGGGGGAUAUGGUCCUGGUGGUGCCCACAGCCUUACUGGAGGACCAGGAUGCCGGCUGGCUAACAGGGUUCAAGGAGAGCGACUGGAAGACGCUCGGGACUGCUGCCCCUCGAGGACUUUUCCCCGAGAACUUCACACAGCGGGUGGACUAAAAAGGGGGAACAAAUAAAAAAGGGAUCCCCCGGGAGUGGGAGAGGAGCGACCGGGAGGGAGAGGAACGCAUGACCAUGCUUCCCAGUCUUAAAACAUGUAGCUGUGUUCUGAACCCCACUCGUACCACCGGUACGCAGCAGGGGGAAAAUAACAACAGGUGAAUCAUCGCGGAAAAAAUGUAACUUUAACCUCCGAGAAAAACCAUACAGCAGUAUAAGAAACACUAGUGUAUACUCCAAGUUAGCAAAGUAAAACAAAAACGACACAAGCAUGACGUGAUUAAUAGGUCGAUCCCUCCUUUUGAAUCCGAGAAAUGUGUUUGUGUGUAUGUUGGAGAAAUAUGUAAGAAGUGAUGUGCGUGUGUGUGUGUGGUUGUGUUUGUUUGGGAGCAUGGGGACCACUACACCACCCAACCCCACCCCGACCCCCGACCCCCGACCCCCCCCCUCUCCCAUCUGUUACCAGAUAAAGAAACCGUGGAAGAUGUCGUCCUGAUUGCUAACGUGACCUUCUCCUCUUCCGCUCAGAGUGUCUUGUUAUUGGUUGCGACGGAGCAGCCCAGCAGUCCGUAUCGAUGUGAUCUCUCUUUAACCCUUUUCACCUGAGUGUUUACAUGAGGCAUUUCAAUGUUUCUUUGAAUAAAACCGUUGUUACGUUGUUACCCAGCAGCCGUUGUUAGUGUAACGUUGUCGUGGAAGCGCCGCCGGGAUGCGGCAGUUGGUCGAUGACUCGGGCGCUUGAUGCGUGGAAUGGUGCGUCGGCCGUCAUUGAGGUUUAUGUUUUGCGGUGCUUUUGCCAAAAUGAAUUGACAAUAACUAUUUGGUCAUCUGAGCAUGUGCGUUUAAACAUGCAAAGGAUAUAUCUCACUCUUGAAAAAGUAAUAAAAGCGUAUCUUCCUGGUAUUAAAUGAAUCGUUGUAUAUCUUUUGAACCCGUCCCUAUUUUUCCUCCUGAAUAGAUGUUUAUAUCAUUUCAAGAGAUCUGCAUAAGAUAAACUCUGUGCUCAUAUAAAUGUACCUUUCUAUAUUUGAGUUUGUGUUCACAGGUACACGAUGUUGGAGUGAAAAAUAAACUGAUAUGCAGCUAUGUGUUAAAUUGUUGGACUUCUCACAGUUGGGACUUUACAUAUAUCCGCAGUCCAACUGUGCAGUAGAUCAAUGAGUAUGACGUCACUUCCUCUUGUGCUACUGUAACCCCCUUUCCAUUGAUUUUUUGUGAUGUACAUACCUUGAUUAUUUACCUAAAGGCAAAUAAAGAUUAAAUCACA